AUGCGCCAGCCUCCUGCCGCCGCGCUCGGCCUGCUGCUGCUGCUGCUGCUGCGGCCCGCGUCUCCGGCCGCCAGGAAGCCGACGCCCUGCACACGGUGCGGGGACCUGGUGGACAAGUUCAGGCAGGGAAUGGUGGACACAGCCAAGAAGAACUUUGGCGGUGGGAAUACAGCCUGGGAGGAAAAGUCGCUGUCCAAAUAUGAAUUCAGUGAGAUCCGGCUGCUGGAGAUCCUGGAAGACUUGUGUGACAGCAGCGACUUCGAGUGCAACCGCAUGCUGGAGGAGCAUGAGGGCCACCUGGAGGACUGGUGGCUGCGGCUGCAGAAGGAGUCCCCUGACCUGUUCACGUGGUUCUGUGUGGAGACCCUGCGUGUCUGCUGUUCUCCGGGGACCUUUGGGCCUGACUGUCAGGAGUGCCCGGGCGGGGCUGAGCAGCCCUGCAGUGGGAACGGCCACUGUGACGGGGAUGGCAGCCGGCAGGGGGACGGGUCAUGCCAGUGCCACGUGGGCUACCGCGGGGCGCUGUGCACGGACUGCAUCGACGGCUACUUCCGGGCCGUGCGGAAUGACUCCCACGUCGUGUGCACAGUUUGUAAUGAGGCCUGCAAGACGUGCAGCGGCCCCACCAGCAGGGAUUGUGAGGACUGCGAGGUUGGCUGGGCACGCAGACAGGACGCCUGCAUAGAUGUGGACGAGUGUGAAGAGGAAGUGUCCCCCUGCGGCGAGAACGAGUACUGUGAGAACGUGCCUGGCUCCUACACCUGCGAGGAGUGUGACCCCACGUGUGCAGGCUGCACGGGCAAAGGGCCCCAGAAGUGCCUCGCUUGUGUGUCCGGCUACGCCAAGGAGGAGGGUGGACCCUGCACAGAUAUAGAUGAGUGCUCGCAAGCGGAAAGCCCGUGUGCCCGGGAGAAGGAGAACUGUUACAACACUCCCGGGAGCUUUGUCUGUGUCUGCCCCGAAGGCUACGAGGAGACGGACACAGCCUGUGUGCCCACCGCAGGGGCUGACCCCAUGGAUCCCAUGGGAACGUGGCUGGCUGACCACUCCGGAGGCUCUGAGCAGGUACCCCCGCGGCGGAGGCGGAGGCUGUCGGGAAGGCGCGCCAGCGGCCCGCAGGUUCGGGACGGGCGGGUGGCAGCGGGCGCACCCGCGGAGGCGCUGGCGAGUCCGGGGGCGCGGAGCAGGGCGCGUGCGCGGGACGAGGGGCGCGACCUUCCUGGAAAGCACUUGGCCGCAGGUGGCGAUGGGCGGAUGCUCGCGCCCUUUGAUACGGGAAUUGCACUCGGCUUUCCCGGGAGGGCGCGCCCGCCGGGAAGCCCCCGGCCCCGCAUUCCCGGUCGUCCCGGGACCCCAGCGCGCCAGGCCUUCCUGCGGCGACCCCCUGUGCGAGGGGUCAAGGUGCGCCCCUCCAGGUGGCCGGGGCUGCUUCCCCUGCUGUGCCAAGACCAGCGGGCCCACGGACUGGCGGUCUCUCCACUGUGGCUCCAGCGGGCCCCUUAUCAGGGUUCAGGCUCCUCUCAGGACACGGGCCCAGACAGCUUCGGACCAGUGCCCAUGAGCAUGCCUGUCCUCUGGAAUGGGCAGUGCAUGGACCCGCUCCUGACCCAGGGCACCCACGGGGAGCACGAGGUGAUACUGGAGAAUGUGCUUCUCAGCAAUGGUCAUCACGGAGUGAAUGACAGGUUCCUGUACGGCAGAGACGGUGAGGCUGACGUGGACUGGGAAGGGUUUGUGCCCUCGGCCAUUGUGUGGCUAGGAUCUGAGGCUGACCUCACGCCCCUGCAUGUGUCCAUGGCAUCCCUUGUUCACUUGAGGCUGGACGCCGCCCAGAUCAGCUGUGUUGACAAGGCCAAUCUCAGCCAGCUGGUAACCCGCUGA